AUGGAGAAUCCGGUGGAGGAGCCGAUCUCCAGGCUCACCCGCGACCUAAUCGCGGAGAUCCUCUCCCGCGUGCCCUACAAAUCUCUCUGCAUCUGCAAGUGCGUCUGCCCGGCCUGGCGCGACCUCAUCGCCGACCCCGUGUACAGGAAGAAGAUUCUGCAGUCCCUGGCCGGCUUCUUCUACCGCAUCAACGACGAAGCCGCGGCCGAGCCCCGCGGCUUCCCCGGCGUCAACUACGCCGACCUGUCCGCCUUCCCGUGGGCGAGCGUCCCCAGGACCCACCCGCGGCUACCGCUGCCGCCCGACAGCACGGACCGCGUCAUGUCCGUCGAUGAUUCCUGCGAUGGACUGUUUCUUGCCCGCAUUUCUAUUGGGGCUGGCAAUUUUCGCUACAUGGUCUCCAAUCCAGCCAGCGGUGAGUACACUCUGCUGCCCCACAAUGGCCACGCCGGCACCAACAGCAUUGCUUACCUGGGUUUCGACAGUGGUGCGUCCACUCAAGAGUUCCAUGUGUUUGAGUUUCUACACGAAUGGUCACACCGGAACUGGGGCUCAAACAAAUCCCUGUUUGUGAGAGCAGUGAGGAUUUACUCCUCAAAAACUGGUGCAUGGGUGGCAAUGGAACCCCAAUGGGACAUCGAAGUCGGCUUGUGCUUUGAUCAGCCUGGAGUUUUCUGUAAUGGGUGUUUGCACUUGCUCACAUAUCAGUCCGGGCUGGCGAUAGUUGAUGCACAAGGGGUAAAAUGGAGAACCGUCCUGCUGCCAAUACUCGCUGCUAAGGGUUUCUCAGGUUUCAUCGGGAAGUCUGCCGGACAGCUACUUUAUAUCGACCCCCGUGAUAGUCAAGGAUACAGCUCAAACAGAUCUUUGACUAUAUCAGUUUACGUUCUUAGUGUUGAGAUUUAUAACUGGGAAGUGUCCCACCUGGACGACGAAUGCGUGUACUGGAAUAUGUUGCGCAAGUUUUCAAAUGCAGUUCCAAAGAAGAAGUUUCUCAAAGUCAUUGGUGUACACCCACAUGCCAAUCUGAUCUUCAUGGCUUAUUCAAACAGUGAACUGUUGGCAUACGAUUUGGAUCACCGUGAAAGUACAAUUGUAUAUCACCUUGAUCAUGACUACCGGACAUUUAUGCAAUUUUUCCCAUAUGUGCCACUGCUGUCCUGCCUACCAUUGGAUGGAGGAAUACGGCUGGCAACUCCAAAUUGA